AUGGGGAAAAGGUACAACUGGUUUUGCACCAUAGUUGCCGGUUUCGGGAGCAUGUUGUAUGGAAUUGACAAUGUUGUCAUUGCCGGCACUUUUGCACAGCCUGGUUUUCUCCACAAGUUUCAUCCUUCGGCGACAUUGUUAGGCGCGAUUGCCACCAGCUUCUAUGGCGGUACACUUCUGGGCAUUAUUGGCGUCUUUGCCUUGGCGGACAGAUUCAGUCGCAAGAGAACCUUGCAGUUCGGCGCUGCACUUGGGUUGAUUGGGGCUCUGCUUCAGUCGGUCGCGCAGCAGAUCGCUCUUUUCACUGCCGCACGUGUCCUCACAGGAGUGGCUUCAGGUGUCAUGCUCACAACCGUGCAAAUCUAUCAGUCGGAGAUCUCACCGCCUAAUUUGCGAGGCAGAAUGAUAACUUUACAAAUUUGCACUAUCAACGUGGCCGGCCUAGCCAUUGCCUUUACUGGCUAUGGAACUUACCACUCGGACAAUCCUAAUCUACAGCGAUUGCCUAUUGCGCUGCAAUGUGUGCCUGCGCUCGCAUUAUUUAUCGGAUGCUUUUUCAUUCCGUUCACGCCACGUUGGCUGGUCAUGCAUGGUCGCUAUGAAGAAGCCAAAAGCGUCCUCAGAAGACUUCACGACGAUAAUGAGGAUCAUUCUUUCUGGGAGAAAGAGUAUACAGUUCUGGUGGCCCAGCUUGAUUUUGAGAAGGAAGAGACGGCCGGUGUAACCUUCUGGCAUAUGUUCACCAACAAAAAGGAACUCAAGCGUGCCGGUCUAGCAGUCGCCGCCUUGACAAGCUGCCAAACCACUGGUGCGCAGACAAUUCAAGUGUUCCAGUCGGUGAUAUAUUCCCACCUGGGCUUCGACACUGCCAAGGUCCUGCUCUACGCCUGUAUAUUCCAGAUUCUCCUGAACUUGGGCGGCGCUGUCAAUCUGAUCGCAAUCGAUUGGCUUGGUAGGCGGGUGUUGUUCAUCUCCGGGCUCGUCAUGCUCUCAAUCAUUUUGGCUCUUUUCACUGCAUGCCAGGCGCAAUUCGAAAGAACCGCAGAAACUGCUUGGGGCAAGGCUGGCAUUGCAAUGGUCAUGAUCUUGAUCUUCUUUUACGCUUGUACCUACGUUUCUACCGGCUACGCUUAUGCAGCGGAGAUUCUACCAACCAAGAUCAGAGCUCAAGGUAUGGCUCUGGGAAUGUUCUCGGCGUACUCGAUGAUCAUCACUUUUGGCCAGGUCACUCCUAUCGCGUUGGACAAAGUUGGUUACAAGUAUUUACCUCUGUUCAUUGGAUUCAACCUCUUGUUCCUCCCCAUUAUUGCUAUCUGGUGCAAGGAGACGAAAGGGCUUUCAUUGGAAGAGAUCAACGUUGUCUUUGGGGAGACGGUUGUGGCAAGGAUGAGUGAGCUUAGCGAAGAUGCCGCUCACCAGAAGACGGAGAUCAGAGUCGAGCAAAAGGAGUAUUACUAUGGGAGCCCUGGCUCUGCAAAAAAUAGGUGCCCUGAGAAGAACGUUCGGAUUGCAACGGUACGGCGAUACGAGGACGAGAUUGAAGACUUUCGUUGCAAGAGCAAAGUUCGGAUGUGUGUUUAG